UUCGAGGAAAAUGUUUCUCUAUUUUGGAAUAGUACUUCUUAUGUCCCAAGGAAUCCUUGCUAAGACUCAUUUUUUAAUACUUUGCAGUCUUAUGAGAGAUACAACACGACUCAAACAGCAUAUGAGAUUCAAAUAUCGUGAGGUGAACGUUUCGGAAGCUAUAGAUGGAGACAGCCGAAUAAUAGGUGGCAAAGAUGCCCCUCCAGGCAUGGCUAAGUACCAAGUUUCAUUGCGUGGUCAUAGAGGGAGAGAAGAAUUUCACAGUUGCGGAGGGUCUAUUUUAAACGAAGAGUACGUGUUAACAGCCGCACAUUGCCUUUACCAGAGAGACAAGAAAGAUUUGUCAAUCGUCGUUGGCAGUCACUCGAUCUAUAAAGGCGGCAACCGUUACCAGAUUAAAAAUUUGAUCCCUCAUGAGAAUUAUUCUAAGCUGACAUUGAAGAAUGACAUAGCCAUCAUACAGAUCGAAGGCAAAUUUAAAUUUAACAAUAAGGUUCAACCAAUUGAGUUGUUAAAAGAAAUGGCACCCGUUGGAAAGAAAUGUCUCUUGACUGGCUGGGGAUACACAGACAUUAUGAGUGGAUUAAUUAUUUUUGAUUAA